AUGCAUUGCUACAAAUUUUCCCCGUUAAGCCAUUGGUUUUAUGUCAACAUUAUCGCGUGCAUUUUAUACGUUUAACCUAUAUACGUACAAAUCGUCGUAUCGUACGUAAUGCCAUUGUUUUCAAAUAAAUUCUCUCCGAAGAAGACGCCUACGAGAAAAGUAGGUGUUUUCUUGGCGAAUAAAGAUUUCAGCCCGACGCGAAUAGAGAAGGAAUUAGGGCCGAAUAUCGGCCCUAUACGCUUAAAGCUAGGAGAUCAAGAAACACUUUUCGAGUCGGGAUCAUGGAUCCCAGAAUCGGGAAAAAUCGGUGGUACAUACAAGGAGAAUGAAAAAUUAAAGAAGGAAAUAAAGAGAUUGGAGGAUGAAAACAACUUGCUGAAACUAAAAUUUGAAGUCCUCCUCGAUAUGUUGACACAAACGACGGCGGAGUCCAACUCGCAAAAAGAAGAAUUGAAUAAAUUAAAGAAAAAAUCAUCGUACAGUAAAGACAGUGAAUCUUGAUACAAAGAGGAUCGCAUAUCAUUGCGACACACGUUUUUUACAUUUCAUUGAUUGAUUUAAUUCACACAUUCUAGUAUGUGUAAAUAUAUAUACAAUUACAAUUGCUGCACAAUAUUUGAUGUUAACGUAAUAAUUAUGUAUGUACAAAAUAUAUUACAAAAAUAUACUAUACGUAAUGUAACAAUAAUAUGAGGCACAUUG